GCGGGGCCGGGCUCGGGCGGCGGCUCGCGCGGCCGGAGCGACUCUGUGCGAGCCGGGGAGGGUCGAACCCGGAGCAGGGUCCCAGCCGAGCGUGGACUGGCGGCAGGAUGUUCAGCUGGUUGGGGCGGCAGGCUGGCGGGCGCGAGCGCGCCGGAGGCGCGGACGCGGUGCAGACGGUGACGGGCGGGCUGCGCUCGCUCUACCUGCGCAAGGUGCUGCCGCUGGAGGAGGCGUACCGCUUCCACGAGUUCCACUCGCCCGCGCUGGAGGACGCCGACUUCGAGAACAAGCCCAUGAUCCUGCUGGUGGGCCAGUACAGCACCGGCAAGACCACCUUCAUCAGAUACCUACUGGAGCAGGAUUUCCCAGGCAUGAGGAUUGGCCCGGAGCCCACCACUGACUCCUUCAUCGCCGUGAUGUAUGGAGAGAAUGAGGGCAGCACCCCAGGGAAUGCUUUAGUCGUGGACCCCAAAAAGCCAUUUAGAAAACUCAGUCGCUUUGGAAAUGCUUUCCUGAAUCGAUUCAUGUGCUCCCAGCUGCCCAAUCAGGUCCUGAAGAGCAUCAGCAUCAUCGACAGCCCUGGCAUCCUUUCUGGGGAAAAGCAGCGCAUCAGCCGAGGCUAUGAUUUCUGCCAGGUCCUGCAGUGGUUUGCCGAGAGGGUGGACAGGAUCAUCCUUCUUUUUGACGCUCACAAGCUGGACAUCUCAGACGAAUUCUCAGAGGCCAUCAAGGCCUUCCGGGGGCAAGACGACAAGAUCCGUGUGGUGCUGAACAAGGCCGACCAAGUGGACACGCAGCAGCUGAUGCGGGUCUACGGGGCCCUCAUGUGGUCCCUGGGCAAGGUGAUCAACACACCCGAGGUGCUGCGCGUCUACAUUGGCUCCUUCUGGGCACAGCCCCUGCAGAACACGGACAACCGCCGGCUCUUCGAGGCUGAGGCCCAGGACCUCUUCAGAGACAUCCAGAGCCUUCCCCAGAAGGCAGCGGUGCGCAAACUCAAUGAUCUCAUCAAGCGAGCGAGGCUGGCCAAGGUGCAUGCCUAUAUCAUCAGCUACCUGAAGAAGGAGAUGCCGAGUGUAUUUGGAAAGGAAAACAAGAAGAGAGAGCUUAUCAGCAGGUUACCAGAAAUCUACAUUCAGCUACAGCGAGAAUACCAGAUUUCUGCAGGGGACUUCCCGGAGGUCAAGGCUAUGCAGGAACAGCUUGAGAACUACGACUUCACCAAAUUCCACUCACUGAAGCCCAAGCUGAUCGAGGCGGUGGACAACAUGCUGAGCAACAAGAUCUCAUCCCUCAUGAACCUCAUCAGCCAGGAGGAGAUGAGCACGCCCACGCAGCUGGUGCAGGGCGGGGCCUUCGACGGCACCACCGAGGGCCCCUUCAACCAGGGCUACGGGGAGGGUGCCAAAGAGGGCGCCGACGAGGAAGAGUGGGUCGUGGCCAAAGACAAGCCCAUCUAUGACGAGCUCUUCUACACUCUGUCGCCCAUCAAUGGCAAGAUCUCGGGUGUCAAUGCCAAGAAGGAGAUGGUGACCUCCAAGCUGCCCAACAGCGUCCUGGGCAAGAUCUGGAAGCUGGCUGACUGCGACUGUGACGGCAUGCUGGACGAGGAGGAGUUCGCGCUGGCCAAGCACCUCAUCAAGAUCAAGCUGGAUGGCUACGAGCUGCCCAGCAGCCUGCCCCCACACCUCGUGCCCCCUUCACACCGGAAGUCCCUGCCCAAGGCCGACUGAGGGGUAGGCCGCAGAACGGGCAGGAACUGGAGGAGGGCCUCAGGCCUGCUCCACCAUUGACUCACCAAAUGACCUUGGGCAAGGCACUGCCCUCUCUGUGCCUCAGUUUCCCCAUCUGUAGAAUGGGGAGGGCAGACACUGGAAACUAGAUGAGUUCUUUCACCUCCAAAAUUCCCUUAGUUUCUGUGAAAAUAUUGGGGGUAGUGGGGGUGGAUUAGGAGAUUGAAGAGUUGAGAACAAACAGAAAUUGUCCAAGGAGUCCCCAGAACAACCUGCCUGGAGAAAUGCGCAUGGAGAUGAGCCUGCUGAGUCCCCCGGACCACCGGACGUGAGCCUGGCUUGUUCAGAGCAGCUGGGUCUUCAGGCUGCCUGAGCUGUUUGUCCUCAUGAACAACUCUGGAGCAGCUAUCUGUCCCUCAGGGGGCACCAGGAGGCAGCAAAGAUUAUCUUAUUUAUUUUAUCUUGUCUUCUGCUAUAUUUAGAGUGGCAAAACAACAGAGCAGAAGGUUUCUGCUGUCUCCAGACUGUCUACCAAAGGGAAGGCGACAGAUGCCUCUUGGGUUUGGAAGGGGAUGCACUGUGGAUCCCCAUCCCUUCUGUAGUCUCCAGUACAGUAACCAGCCAGGCCCCGGUGUGCAUCCAGCCCAGUGCCCCAGGACCAUCUGGUCAGCCCUCCCAGCCUCCCCUCCAGGGGGCUUCCCAGCAAAGUCAUAUUCGCCUAGGAAUUUGGAACUCACAACCUUUAUUAACCCCUGCCAAAACUUCUCAUUUACAAGUCAAAAUACGUUGAAGCCUGAAGAUUAACUUUUCUUACUGGUUUGUCCAGUAAGUCAUAGCAAAGCCCAAUUAGCAUACUUAAACUACAGUAAGGAAAAGAGGUGGUUCUCUGCAGUGAUCGUCUGGUGUGGCCCUCAACCAUUAAAUGUCCCCAAGUCCCCUUGGUGGGUAGUAGGAUUUAAAUUCAGCCAACUCCUGUCCUGGUGUGUGCAGUGUCCUAGGCCCUGUGGACACAGGCAGAUGAAGGACCAGCCCUGCCCUGGGCUGUUGAGAUCAGUCCACUCAGAGUUAGACAUUGUUUUUGUAGAAAACAGGCAUUUAUUAUGUUCAGGGUUUUUUCUCCUUACAGAAUAAAAGUCUUUAUACAAAAACAAAAUGGAGUCUUUCACAUAGAACCUUUUCUUU